CAAUCAAUCAAACUCCUCCUAAAUUUGAGCCCUUUCACGAUGCUCUCUAAUUUCUAUGCAUAACCUACUCCCCCCUAAACAGUCUUCUGGCCUAUAAAUCCGAGCCCUUCACAAUCACAUAUGGAUAUGGCCAUCUCCACUAGGAAGAAGUAGUAGACUAGUAGUAGUGUAUUUGUAGUACGUAGUAGAAGAAAUCAAUCAAAGACAUAAAAGGGGUAACAUUACAAAUCCACCUGUCGACGUUAGAACAGUUAAAUAUGAAAUAACAUUUUCUCUCUCCUCUUCUCCUACAGUUUUUUCCCAGUGAUUCAAUUCCACCAUUUUUAUACCUUAAGCUCAAUUGAAGCAUCAACUCUUCAGAUUGAACUCAUUUUUUCGAUCCCUAAAUUUCGCAAAAUCUCUAGGGUUUGCAGUUGCACCAAUUUCGUGAAAUCACGUCGGAAAUUGAAUCGGUUCAUCGUUCAAUGGCGGAGGAGGAUGGCGAGGAGAGAGAAAGUCUUGUGAAAACUGAUUCAAUGGAGUCUCGUUGGGUGUAUCAAUUCGACGAUGAAUCGGAGAUCGGAGUUGAUGAUGACGAUGAAGAGGAUGAUGGAGAUGAUUCAGGAUCGAAGAAUGGCGAAAAUUCUGAAGAUGAAGAAGAUGUUGUGACGCAUAGAUUGAUUCGUACUGGUCCUAGGGUUGAUUCUUUCGAUGUUGAAGCUCUUGAAGUUCCUGGUACUCAUCGACAUGAUUUUGAGUCUUAUCUGCAGGAAUUUGGUGCUUGGAGGGAUAUUGUACUUAUUUUCCAGACACUUGGGUUUGUGUUUGGUGAUGUUGGAACAAGUCAAUUAUACACCUUCAGUGUGAUGUUUGACAAAGCCCCUAUCAAAGGAAAAGAGGAUGUGCUUGGUGCUUUAUCGCUUGUUUUGUACACCUUAAUCCUAAUUCCUCUAAUCAAGUAUAUACUUGUUGUUUUAUGGGCAAAUGAUGAUGGUGAAGGUGGUACAUUUGCUUUAUAUUCGUUGAUCUGUAGACAUGCAAGGGUUAGUCUCAUUCCUAAUCAACUUCCAUCAGAUGCUCGAAUAUCAAGCUUCAGGCUAAAGGUGCCAUCUCCAGAGCUUGAGAGAUCUCUUAAGAUCAAGGAGCGUCUGGAGAAUUCCUUAGGCUUGAAGAAGCUUCUUUUGAUGCUGGUUCUUGCUGGUACCUCCAUGGUCAUAGCUGAUGGGAUUGUUACCCCAGCAAUGUCAGUGAUGUCAGCUGUUGACGGUUUGAAGGUUGGAAUAUCUGCCAUAAAGCAUGAGGAAGUUGUGAUGGUUGCAGUGGCACUUCUCAUACUCCUGUUUAGCCUGCAGCGAUAUGGUACCAGUAAAAUGGGAUUCAUAGUUGGCCCUGCUUUAUUUAUAUGGUUCUGCUGUCUAGCUGGCAUUGGAAUCCACAACUUGCUGAAGUAUGAUCGAGAUGUCUGGAAGGCUUUUAACCCUAUCCACAUCUACUUCUAUUUCAAAAGGAACAACAUAGAGGCUUGGUAUGCUCUUGGGGGUUGUCUCCUUUGUGCAACAGGUUCUGAAGCAAUGUUUGCUGACCUUUGCUACUUUUCAGUGAGAUCAGUUCAGCUCACUUUUGUGUUUCUUGUAUUUCCAUGCCUCCUUUUGGGAUACCUUGGCCAGGCAGCUUACCUCAUGCAGAAUCCAGGAGAUUGCGCCCAAGCAUUUUACUCAUCUGUACCUAGUGGUGCCUUUUGGCCUGUUUUCAUUAUUGCUAAUAUUGCUGCACUGAUUGCUAGUCGAGAUAUGACUACUGCUACAUUUUCAUGUAUAAAGCAAUCGACGGCACUUGGCUGCUUUCCCCGACUUAAAAUCAUCCAUACAUCUCGAAAAUUCAUGGGCCAGAUCUACAUUCCUGUUCUGAACUGGUUUUUGCUUGCGGCCAGUGUGGUGUUGGUCUGCUCUGUUCCAAGUAUUACGGAGAUUGGGAAUUCAUAUGGUAUUGCUGAGCUGGGAGUAAUGAUGAUGACAACAAUUUUGGUAACCCUUGUCAUGCUUCUUAUUUGGCAGAUAAAUAUCGUCACUGUUGUGGCCUUUCUUGUUGUCUUCAUGGGGAUAGAAUUAACUUUCUUCUCCUCAGUUAUAUGGUUUGUGGGUGAUGGAAGUUGGAUCAUACUUCUAUUUGCUGUAGUUAUGUUUCUUAUGAUGUGUGUAUGGAACUAUGGGAGUAAACUGAAAUAUGAGACUGAAGUCAAGCAAAAGAUGUCAAUGGAUCUUCUCCGACAGCUGGGCCCUAAUCUUGGGACCAUUAGAGCUCCGGGUAUAGGCUUGGUUUACAACGAGCUAGUAAGAGGAAUACCAGCCAUAUUUGGUCAUUUUAUAACCACCCUUCCUGCAAUUCACUCCAUGAUUAUUUUUGUCUGCAUCAAGUAUGUUCCAGUGUCGAUGGUGCCACAGAAUGAAAGAUUCCUCUUCCGACGUGUGUGCUCAAAGAGCUAUCACAUGUUUCGUUGCAUUGCCCGGUAUGGGUAUAAAGAUGUUCGCAAAGAGACUCAUCAGAUAUUCGAGCAGUUACUUAUUGAUAGCCUUGAGAAAUUUAUUCGCCGAGAAGCCCAAGAACGAUCACUAGAAAGUGAUGGUGACGGGGAUGACUACACAGAUUAUGAGGAAGAAUCUUUUUCAAAUUUCCUUGUUGCCCAAAAUGGAAGUGCCUUUUCACUUGGCGUUCCUCUUCUAACAGAUUUCAAUGAUACAAAUGUGCGCAUUUCCGAGCCAAGCACUUCUGCAGGGAUGAAGCCAGACACUCCAUCAGACACAUCUGAUCCAGAACAAAGUCUUGAGAGGGAGCUGUCCUUCAUUCAUCAGGCUAAGGAAUCUGGGGUUGUAUAUCUGCUAGGUCAUGGUGAUAUUAGGGCAAGAAAAGAUUCUUGGUUUCUCAAAAAGCUUGUUGUAAAUUAUUUUUACGCCUUCUUACGGAAGAACAGCCGCAGAGGAACUGCAAACUUAAGUGUGCCUCAUUCUCAUCUAAUGCAAGUAGGCAUGACGUACAUGGUUUGAAUGUGGUGUAGGAAUAGAGAGAUUUUUGUAUAUCAUCAAGACUGAAUCAAGGGGGGCUGGAGCGUUUAAACAAGCCUUUUGUGCUUAUGCGGUUUAUCAAUUUUCUGAAGAGGAUGCUCAUUAGACUCAACUGACUACUCCUUUCAACUUGAUUCUCUCUCUUCGCAGAUUUGAACAUGUAGAAUUUUGGGAAGGUUCAGAAGUCAUGCAGAGUCCAAGGUUCAACUUACUUGAUUUUGAAUGUAUUAAGAGAGGUGUAUACUCAAUAGAUACUUGUAAGUUGUAACAUGCAAAUAUUCUUUCACCCAUAGAGGAAUUUUUCUUUUGAGAAAGUAUUUUUUACUCAGCUCAAUUGGUUACUCGUCGAUCAGAUGUGGAUGCAUCUCUAACAGUUUGUAAAGUUGAGUUUGAUCAAUAUAUUUGGCUUUUCUUCUGUGCCUUGCUA